AUGAUAGUGACUCCUUGGCAGGUUGUACUUGAGGACAAUGCACCUUUGGAUCGCAUUGCUACGCUAUUAGCUCCUCUCGGGCAAGUUGAUGUUCUCGACCAGGAGGCGCAUCAGCGUCGGGAGGCAGCCGACCAGGCGUUGAAGACAGCGAAGAUGCAGCAAAGGGCGGGUGUGGCUAAUGGCGUAGCUGCCUCUUCCUUGGCAGCAGAUCUCUUGGCUCUUCGGGGUACAGGUGGUUGUGCUCGCAAGCGCGCUUCGUCUGCGAAGUUGUGCGUUUUGUCUAGCUUGUAUUGGUGUAUGUUGUAUUGCUGCAUGUCCACCUUUGCACCCUUGCAAGGGCGUCGAUUUGCUGAAACUGCCAUCGACUAUGUGGCGACGGCGCAAACGUGGAGUGCGGACGGUUUGCGUAAGCGUCCAGAAGAUGAUGACCACGACAACGAGAUCUCAGAGUAG